CCCCCCCCUUUAUACCUAUGGUGCAAGUAAAUAUAUUGUACGUAGUGGGUCCUUAAUUCUCACAGUGUGAUCGAGUCAACCUGAGGGCUGUAUUAUAUCGAAGCAGAUCACACUAUUAGAACGGCCUUUCCAAGUUCUUGUCGUUUGCGGACACUCAAGGCUCAACUAACCAAAUUCGUGAUCGACUCCAUCCCCCAGCGUUAAUGUUGCUAGAUUCACUAGCCUCCCUAGACACCUCUCGGGCUGCGGCCCUUGGCGUGGCAGCCAGCACUCAUAGAUCUCUUUUAGGCCUCGUGCUACUCCCAUUGAUGAUACUCCUGCUUUGGCGGGCUUGGAGGUUCACGAUCAGUCCACUCUUGUACCCCGAUGACCCCAAGGAGCUGCCUUAUUGGAUUCCAUUUCUAGGGCACCUACGACCAUUCUUUCAGGAUUCCAAUGCAUUGCUCUCCCAAGCUAAACUAUAUUUCGGCAACACUAAGGAACCAUUCGCGCUCACAAUUGCCGGGUCCACUACUUAUGUUAUAGUCAAGGCCCAGGAUGUUGCCGAAGCAUAUAAGAACAACUCGACACUCUCCUGGACCGAGUUUCUUUUGGAAAUGAUGCGCACCCUUGGAAACGAUGAACUCUGCGUCGAGACCGUUGCUAACCCGCUUCCUCGAGACAAAGACGGCUUCCCUAACCCCCAUGGGAAGCCUCUAGUCACGCUAGCUCGGGAUAUGCACAUUCACCAGCUUCAUCCGGGCGACCAGCUUGAUGAUCUCGAAAGGCGGUUCCUCCGCUGGUUCGAGCGCCAUUUGGAACCCGAUACGAUGAUUGAGACAUACGGCAACAGCAUGGCACAGAAAGACAAAGACGUCGCUGUCACAAUGCCUCUUGUGCAGUGGUGCUCUGAAUUUUUCACGCUUGCUUCCCAGGAAGCCUACUUCGGACCUGAGCUGGCGCAUAUCGACCCGCACCUGCAUGAGACCUUCAUCGUCUUUGACGAGCUCAGCUACCAGAUUCUAUACCAGUAUCCGCGUCUCCUGGCCAGCAAGAUGCGCGCCGCCAAGGCACAGCUCCAGCACGCGAUGAAAGCCUAUCUUCGACUGCCGCGCAACAAGAGAACUGGUAAUGCCUGGUUCACCGAUGUCUUCGAGACCGAGUGCCGGGCGCUAGGAAUCGAUGAAAACCAAAUCGCGAUAAUGUUCUUCACGGUUUACUGGGGUGCUAAUACCAACACCCGCAAGGCGGCGUACUGGCUCCUUGCGCACCUCCUCGAAAAGCCAGAGCUGCUUGCCGCCCUGCGAGCCGAAACCAACGCAGCAUUCGAUGAAGUCGGUCACCUCGACCCGGCGCGCCUCCACGACGCCCAACAUAACCGGUGUUUCGACGCGGUCUGGAACGAGACGAUCCGCAUGUCGGCGUACGCGUCCUCAGUACGCUACAUCACGCGCGACACCAUCAUCGGGGGUAAGGUACUGCGUCGGGGCCGCCGCCUCAUGAUCCCGUACCGGCAGUUGCACUUUGACGAAGACGUGUUUGGGACCGGUAUCGACGAGUUCCGGCCUGCGCGGUUCGGCUUCGACGCCGCUGAUACAAGUCGGAAGGAAAACAAGGAAAAUGGGGUACAUCGGAACCUCACGCGCGUGGAUAGCUGGCGUCCCUUCGGCGGCGGCGUGACUAUGUGCCCCGGUCGGUAUAUCGCGAAGCGCUCUGUGCAUAUGUUUGUGGCGCUCUUGCUACACAGGUACGAUGUAGAGAGCGUCGGGCAGAGGACGGUGCCUGAGGCGGAAAUGGGGAAGCCUGUACUGGGUAUUAUGUCGGUUAAGGAGGAAGCUGCAGCGGAGGAUGUUAGAGUUAAGGUGAAAUUAACUUCCAGGAACUCCAAGUAGAGACGUUACGGGUGGGACUUUAAGUUAUGUAAGCGUAUGCUUUGUAGGGAUAAUUACGUCACUGAAAUCAGAGAAACUUUUUGAUCGUUCUGCCUAAUACAACAUCAACUUAAUUAUUCUAUACUUUAGCAACUAACUACCCAACUUACUCAAGGACAUGUUUGAAUGACUUGGUUACGAUUUCAAAGAACUGAGAAACCACGUCCAAUGAAUUAUUUCCAGUCCUUAAGCACUGUCUCACCUUCUCUUAGCUGUGUAUAGCGCACGCUGUCGCGCCAGAUUAUCUCCCGCUUCCUUACAUCCUGCGCCUCUGACGCCCUUUCUGCC